AGUUCAGUUGGACUCGUAAGUCGGUUCGACCGAUUGAUUUAAAAAGAACCGGUUCAAAAGAACGAUUCACGAGUCGGACGUCGCUAAUUCACUGUUUACUCACAAGAUGGCGGUCGCCGCCGGAUCAGGCGUGAAGGUGCCACGGAACUUCCGUCUGCUGGAGGAGUUGGAGGAGGGCCAGAAGGGAGUGGGUGAUGGAACGGUGAGCUGGGGGCUGGAGGAUGACGAAGACAUGACCCUCACACGCUGGAGAGGCAUGAUCAUUGGCCCACCACGGACCAUCUACGAGAACAGGAUGUACAGCCUGCGAGUUGAAUGUGGUCCCAGAUAUCCAGAAACGCCUCCAUUUGUGCGAUUCGUGACAAAGAUAAACUUGAAUGGAGUACACAACUCCAAUGGCGUGGUGGACACGAGGGCGGUGUCGUCCUUGGCAAAGUGGCAGAACUCCUACAGUAUCCGAGUGGUGCUGCAGGAGCUUAGACGGCUCAUGAUGUGCAAAGAGAAUAUGAAGCUACCGCAGCCGCCUGAGGGACAAAUAUACACCAACUGAGACUGUACUGUACUGCAAAUGCACACACAUCCUCCGUCUGUCCGUCUUUCACUAUUUUUUUUUAUCUUCUCAUUUGUAUUCAUUCUUUCAUUCCUGUCUCUGCUCACCUUCUAGUCAUCUCUGUCGUCCUUGAAUUCAUUAAUGCACAUACCCUCUCUGUUCUCUCUCUCAUUCUUAUUCUCUCUCUCUCUCUUUCUGCCUCUCUCUCUAAAAUACAUACACCAUCUGGAAAGAACUCAUGCCUCAGCUCAAGCCACAUUAUGGCUCCAUUUGCUCAUUUUUUGAACUUGAGUGGACCACAGAAGAUGAGUGAUUGUUUCUCUGGUUUGUCUUAGAUCAGGUCAUUUGAAUACUGUACAUCCUACUAAUCUUUUUUUUAUUAUUGUUUGUUACAAAUUCAGAUUGUACAAUAACAUAAAUAAUCUUAUUGCGUGUG